AUGGCGCCCUUGAAUCCAUACACGUACAUUCAAUGUCCCUGCUCCGACUCAGCAUCGCUUGGGCGGCCUUCAGACGCAACAUCGCCGACCAGUGCUGACGGUGACGAAGAAGAUAACGCCUUCGAUCCCCGUGCCCCGCGAGCCAACUUCAGUCUUUACCCCCUCGAGUAUCUCUUGUACUGCGAAGACUGUCACCAGAUUCGCUGCCCUCGCUGUAUCACUGAGGAGAUUGCGACCUACUUCUGUCCCAGUUGUCUGUUUGAAGUGCCGAGCAGCAACCUUAAGAGUGAAGGCAACAGAUGUACUCGCAGCUGUUUCCAGUGCCCAAUAUGCAUUGGGCCCCUUUCCGUAACGAGCAUAGAGGCACCGCCGUCAGACCCAAGUCUACUUGUCCCUGACCGCGCUGGCACACCGCACACGACAUACUCGCUGAUUUGCUCCUAUUGCAGCUGGAGCUCGACCGAAAUUGGCAUUCAGUUUGACAAGCCGAAUAGUAUUCACGCUCAGCUCGCCAAAAUCCGCAAUGGGGGCGCUUCCAGACUCACGGCUAAGGAACGUAAGGAACGGCGUAAGGAGUUGUCCCAUCGCGGAGGGGAGGCAGCACUAGCAGCGUCAAGUGAAGCUGCUGCAGGGCAAGAUAUGGACCUGGAAACACAGUUUGCGAAUCUCAAGCUUUUUUAUAACAGUCAGCUUGCCGAUCCAAACGCGGGAGAUAACGGCUUCUCGUCUCUGGGAGAUCUCGGCUUUUCGUCGCCGUCCUCGUUGUCACGAAUAAUGAACCUGUACACGGGCGGAAAGCUCCAUGACCCAAGAGCCAAGUCCAAGUUGGGCGCCAUGCGCGAAGCCAUCACGGCCGACGAAGGCCUACUCGAGACAGACCUCGACGAAUCCUCACUGAUCACUCAACUCCAUCAAUCAGAUUUUCUCGACACAGCGUCAAGCACCCAAAUCUGCUCCCAGCCGCCCAACCUGGGAGAAACUUAUAUUUAUGGAGCUGCCCGGUUCAACUCGUCUCUGCGGCCAGUUCCCUACCUCUUGCGUACAAAACGCUCCAAGCGCUGCCCUGUCUGCCGUCACAUCAUCUCCAAGCCCGAAGCCAAAGUCCAGACCACGCGCUUCAGAAUCAGGUUGGUAGCAGGCAGCUAUAUCCCAAGCAUCACCAUCCGCCGUCUCAACCUCCCGGGGCCUAAUGGGCCCGCUGCCCCCGCCAUCCUGGGCGAUCUCCUCGAACCCCUCAAGCCGGUACACUUUGUUCUGACGUUUAAGAACCCGAUUUUCGAAUCCCUCAAAGUAACCCUCGGUGCCCCGGCCAAAACUCCAGGCAGGUUCCCCAGUAAGGUGACGGUUCUUUGCCCGCAGUUUGACAUUGACGCCAACACCGACGUCUGGGAUGAGGCGCUCAAGGAAAACGACCGCGAGUCGUCGGGUAGGAGUCGACGCCGGGCGGGGACCGAGAGCCAGUUUCAGGUCGAGGUCGGUAAGAUUUGGGAGCGAGGCCGGAACUGGGUUAGUAUUAUCGUCGAGGUUGUUCCUGCUUCCUUGAAGUUGGAACCAGGUCGGGAUGUGCUGAAGCAGGAUGAGGAUGUGUUGGAGAUUCCCAUGUUUGUGCGGAUCGAAUGGGAGGCGGAGGGUGGAGGUGAUGAUGCUGCUUCAGGAACCGGCCGGGACAAGGAUCAAAAGGAAAAGAAAGAAUUGGCAUAUUGGUGUGUGCUUGGGCUGGGAAGGAUCAAACAGGGUUGA